AUGGCAUCAGCGGGACAAAAUUGUAUUCCGUUUAUCGUUAGCACGACUCUCGACAAGCCAGACUCAAAGACACGCAAAUUAAUCCGCAGCCAUGUCAUGCGCGGGAAGAACACACGCAAGUCCAGACAGAACAGAGAGUCGCUUCGAAAUCUAGAAUCUGAAGACGAUGAUGAGUUGGCAUGUGUCCUCGCGACACCACGAAUGAUUGCGUCGGAGCUAUCCCUUUUCAGUUACGGGGUUGAGCUCAAACCAUAUAUGCUUGAUCUCAUUUAUCGGUCGUUUACCGUCGUUAAGCCAUCAACUUACACCUUGCAGGCGAUCACUGCCAGUGGGGCGAGGGACGAUCUGUUUCGCUUCUCCAAUCUGGCUCAAGACCCAGGAAUGUUGCACUCGAUGCUGUUUGUUGCACAGGCUUUCUAUGACUUGUCACUGGGGACUUCGUACGGCAGGGUUGCAACGUUCCAUAUGACAAGGGCCAUCGUAUAUCUCCAGCAACGUAUAAACAACAGAAAGGAGGCGACAAAACUCACCACAAUGGCUGUUGUGACAUCGCUGGCGAUUGCGGCAAUAAUGACAGGAGAUAUCGAGGCUGCGCAGAAACAUAUGGAUGGCCUGUAUCUAAUGUUUGAGCUGCGUGGGGGCGUCGGUUCGCUGGCAGAAGGGAACAUGAUCGUUCACAAGGCGCAAAUGAUCGACCUCGGACUUGCAAUGGGAACAGGAAGCACGCCACGCUUCAUCCAGGGAGAGGUCUCUUGGAGCCCUCAGAUUGCACGAGGAAGCACCACGACAAGGUUCCCAGAACUAGGGACAAUUCACUCACAACUAGACCCAAAACUCCUGAACAUCUGGGCUGAUAUUCGGGAAUUCUCCAGAGCGGCGAACAAGGCGGAUGAGACCGGUGUGAAGAUGAGCAAGAGCCUCGUUUCUCAAUUUAGCACAUCGAUUCCGUACCGGCUUCUUCAUCUUCAAUUCGACCCUCUUUCACUUCCGGAGUUGCUGAGGCUAUGCAUGCUAGCCUAUGUCAAGAAUCUUUUGGUCAAAAUUCGGAGUGUUGGGAGGAAGAUGGCGUCCCUAGCGAACAAACUGGAAGUGGCUCUGCGUGCACAGCAAUUCUUCCCAGAGACUUCUUGUGAAAUGGCCGAGUUACUCCUUUGGAGUACGUUCGUGGCAGCCAUAUCCAUAUUUGAUAAUUUCGAUGCAGGGUGGUUGCAAGUUCUAAUGGUGCAAACUAUUUCCACGCUUGGCCUUGGGACUUGGACUGAGGUUCGAGGGGUGGUCAAGCGGUUCUUGUGGAUAGACAUGAUCUUUGAUCAGCCAGGAAUGCAGGUAUUUGAGUGGAUAUCCAGGGGAUCCUUGACUCCUUGA